AUGAAAACGUUAAUUUUAUUUUUAAAAAUUACUACAUUCCUUCUUUUAAUUUGGAUGUAUCAUUGUUUUUAUAAUGGUGAUUCCUAUAAAACUUUAAUUGAUAAAAAUAGAUUGCAAAUAAGAAAUGAGUUAAAAUAUGAAAGAGUACUAACAGAGGGUGACACAGCAGGAGAAAAGCAAACUUACGCUGAAGGAUGCCAAGAAGAAUGUACAAUAGAAGAAAAAAAAAAAAAAUGGAAAAAUCCACUAAAACGCCAGAAACCGUACGAUCGAUGGCAGAAAGUCAUUAAUCCAACAUUGUUUGAGCGAUUUAAAAAUGAAACAAGUGGAAUGGAUCCUAAAUGGAUAAACGAAAAAUGGAAUAAUGAAUGGAAUAAUAUUUCAGCGAACAAAGUUGAUGAACUAUCUUCUAUAUAUAUGCGAAAUAUUCCAAAAAAUGAAAAAGAAAAAUUAAUGCUUACUGUUAAGGGUGAACUCUUCGAAUUAUUUGUGAAAUUUUUAGACGAAUGUAAGAAAGAGAUGAGAGGCAAUAAAACAGAAUCCGAAUCUCAAAAAGAGAUGAUAGACAGUAAAACAGAAUCCGAAUAUAAGAUAGAGAUGAGAGACAAUAAAACAUAA